CACUCACUCAUCACUAACGCACUGUGUUUUUUUUAACUGAUUUGUUAAAUCUCGCCUUAAGACGCGAAAACGGAUUUAAAUCGCAGAUAUAGAGAGAGAAACAAACAAGACAAAAGAGACAUAAGGAGAAAGAAAGCAAGAACCAAAAGCAUCUAUUUCUCUCUCUCUCGUUUUCUCACACACUCGCACUUUCUCUCUCUAAAAACCACCAUUUCCGAGGUCGAGUUUUCUGGCUCUAUUUAUAUGGUGUGUAAUCCGUGUUUCGUUGUUGCGUGCGCGUGCGAUUUGGAAUCUGGUGGUGCGAGGGGCAUUUGAAUGUGAGAGAGGAUUUUUUGAUUUUUUUUUGGAUUCGCGGUAGGUAGAUCGGCGAUGGCGGAGGUUUCCGGCGACGGCGGCGGCGCCGCGCUGUCGGUGUCGGGAUCGUUCAAGGAGGGGAGAGGCUCGGCAAGGCGGCGCGGCGGCGGAGGAGGAGUGAGGCCGCCGAGCAUGGACGCCGACGAGUUCAUGAAUUUGUUGCACGGUUCGGAUCCGGUGAAGGUGGAGCUCAAUCGCCUCGAGAAUGAAGUUCGAGACAAGGACAGGGAAUUAUCGGAAGCACAGGCUGAGAUCAAAGCCUUGAGGCUCUCUGAACGGCUUAGAGAAAAAGCCGUUGAAGAGCUGACAGAAGAACUGUCAAAGGUUGACGAGAAGCUAAAACUAACGGAGUCUCUUCUAGAAAGCAAGAAUCUUGAAAUAAAAAAAAUCAACGAUGAAAAGAAGGCAUCAAUGGCAGCUCAGUUUGCAGCUGAAGCCACUCUUCGAAGGGUCCACGCUGCCCAGAAAGAUGAUGACAUGCCUCCAAUAGAAGCAAUUCUUGCUCCUUUGGAAGCUGAACUCAAGCUUGCUCGGCAAGAGAUUGCUAAACUACAAGAUGAUAACAAAGCUUUAGAUCGUCUUACCAAAUCUAAAGAAGCUGCACUACUUGAAGCUGAGAGGACUGUCCAGGUUGCCUUGGCUAAGGCCUCCAUGGUGGAUGACCUGCAGAACAAAAAUCAAGAGCUAAUUAAACAGAUUGAGAUUUGCCAGGAAGAAAAUAAAAUUUUGGACAAAAUGCAUAGACAGAAGGUGGCAGAGGUUGAAAAGCUCACCCAAACUGUUAGAGAACUAGAAGAGGCUGUCCUUGCAGGUGGUGCAGCUGCAAAUGCAGUGAGGGAUUAUCAGCGGAAAGUUCAAGAAAUGAAUGAAGAAAGAAAAACUCUAGACAGGGAGUUGGCCCGUGCCAAGGUAACAGCAAACAGAGUAGCUGUUGUGGUUGCAAAUGAAUGGAAAGAUGCCAAUGAUAAAGUGAUGCCUGUCAAACAAUGGCUUGAAGAACGCCGAUUCUUGCAGGGAGAAAUGCAGCAACUUCGUGACAAGCUUGCUAUAGUUGAGCGCGCUGCAAAAUAUGAAGCACAGUUGAAAGAAAAAUAUCAUUUACGACUUAAAGUGCUAGAGGAGAGUUUGAGAGGAAAUUCUAACAGUAGUAAUCGCGGUACCCCCGAGGGAAGAAGUAUGAGCAAUGGCCCUUCUCGUCGUCAAUCCCUAGGUGGAGCUGAUAACUUCUCAAAACUAACCUCAAAUGGGUUUUUAUCUAAAAGAUCACCAUCCUCUCAACUGAGGUCAUCCCUAUCCUCUAGCACAGUUUUGAAGCAUGCUAAAGGAACAUCUAAAUCUUUUGAUGGUGGUACAAGGUCACUGGAAAGGAGUAAAAUGCUGUUGAAUGGAACACCUCCAAGUUACUCAUUUAACCAAUCUAUGGAAGAAACCAAAGAGAGAGAGGCAAGUGAUAAUUGGAAAGGAAAUUCAGAUGAUAAGCCAAAUGAUUUCCCAACUGUGGAUUCAGUGGAUAGUGUUCCCAGUGUUUUAUAUGACUUUCUGCAAAAAGAGGUCAUAGCCUUGAGGAAAGCUGGUCACGAGAAAGAUCAAAGCCUAAAAGAUAAAGAUGAUGCUAUUGAGAUGUUAGCAAAGAAGGUAGAUACAUUGACCAAAGCCAUGGAAGUUGAGGCAAAGAAGAUGAGAAGGGAAGUAGCUGCUAUGGAGAAGGAGGUAGCUGCUAUGCGUGUGGAGAAAGAACACGAGAACAGAGCAAAGCGGUUCAGCAAUAUAAAGGGCCCUGUAAACAUUGCUCAGCAACAGCUAAUUUCUGGAAGAAACGUGACACGGGGUGGAUUAACACGCAGCACCCAAUGACAGUUAGUCUAUGACAGUGGCGCUUGGGAGUAGUAAUCUUUCAUAGGCAUCAUUCUUUUGCCCUUCUCUGUUUUUUCCCUUGUGUUUUUGUCCAAUUGAGUUACUGCUGAUAUUAGCCAUGGAUUGGGGAUAAGAAAACAAUUGCAGGAUUCGGUAUGCAUCUUCUGACCUAGUGUUACGUUCUCUGCUUAGAGAGAGAGAGAGAGAGAGAUCGGCUAUGAAGGCAGCCAAUGGAAGACAAUUUAACUUGGACUAACCUUUGACUCUUUCAGCAUUUCUGAGUGGUGUGGUUGUAUAGGUAGCUUUAUCCCCUCCUUUACUCCUUAUAAUUUGUAAUACGCAAAUAGUGUGAUUGUGAUGGUUCAGGCUUGUUCAUAUGUACUAGCGGUUGAUCCGUGACUGUCAUGCACGGAGUAUAUGUUUGGUUGUGAAAUGAUAUCAAUUCACAAUGUUUCUAAUUGUUAGAGAAAACACCUUGAAAAUAAUUCUUUUAAAUAGUUAUUGAUUAUAAUUUGUGGGUU